AACCCACUCGUGCUGCUGCUAUACUGUACUGUAAUCAUAUGAUAGGGAGUCGAUCCCCGCUGCAGAAUACCGACACACCGGGCGGACACCAGCAAAGCAGCCGGGGCGGAGGACACCACACGAGAGCAAGUUUUUAUUUUUAAGAAGUGCGUGGAGUCAGUUAGCGUGUCGCCACAAGUGCCAAAAAAAGAGCCAAACUCCCUCUACAAAAAGGAACUUUUUCAAACUCUGGACAGAGAGUCGGCACUGGGGGGAAGAAGAGAGGGCAUACAGAAGAAACGUUAUCCGCAGGACACUCUUUUUCACCGGGACUGAUAUUUGAGUUUACUCCGCUAUCAGAGCGGCGGUCAGCGGGUCGCGGCCGGUGGAAACCCCUGGGGUAUUCGCAUCGCUUGUCAGGGCGUGUGCGUUGUUUUUUGAAAAUAUCCACCACCAGUUUUUCAUUUAGACACUUUAUUGUAGAAGCUAAAGCCAUGGUUGGGGAAACAGAGGUGAAGGAGAGACCCAAGUCCAACCCGGACUACCUAAUGCAGCUGAUGAACGACAGGAAGGUGAUGAGCUCCCUGCCCAACUUCAGCGGCAUCUUCUCGCAUCUGGAGCGGCUGCUGGAUGAAGAGAUCGGCAGGGUACGCAAGGACAUGUACAACGACACAGUGAACGGUGGCAUGUUCAACGGGCGGGACAUGGAGGAGCUUCCCGAAGCUGUUGGCCCCGUGGCUCAGCUCCAGGAGAAGCUCUACGUGCCUGUCAAAGAGUACCCAGACUUUAACUUUGUAGGGAGGAUCCUGGGCCCACGUGGACUGACGGCAAAACAACUGGAAGCAGAGACCGGCUGCAAGAUAAUGGUGCGAGGCAAGGGCUCCAUGAGAGACAAGAAGAAGGAGGAGAUGAACCGAGGGAAGCCCAACUGGGAGCACCUCAGCGAAGAUCUCCACGUCCUGAUCACAGUGGAGGACACACACAACCGGGCCAAGAUCAAACUCCAGCGGGCUAUCAACGAGGUCAAGAAACUUCUCGUGCCAGCUGCUGAGGGGGAGGACAACCUGAAGAAAAUGCAGUUGAUGGAGCUGGCCAUUCUCAAUGGGACCUACAGAGACGCCAAUGUCAAGAUGUCCUGCGCUGGCUUCCCUAUGGGGACACCUCAGGCGCCUCGGCUCAUCACAGGUCCGACGUCGUGCCUGCCUCCCUCAAUGCGCAACUCCGCCCAACUCCCCACGCAGACCAUGUUGCCUCUGAUUCGUCAGAUCCAGAGUUCCGCCCUCAUGCAGGGAGCCAAUCCACACCAGGCGCUGGUGCAGCAAGGGCCUGAAUCUGGAAUCAUCUACGCGCCCUACGACUAUCCCUACACACUUACGCCAUCCAUAUUGGAAUACCCGAUUGACUCAACUGGAGUUUUAGUCCCUUCUUCCUGUGUUUUCGCAGCAGGUGCCAUGACCACUAAGGUACGACGCCACGACAAGAGAAUCCAUCCUUACCAAAGGGUAGUGACCCCAGACAGAGCUGCCACGGCAACUAACCCAUGACCCCUUGACCUUCUGACCUUUCCGCCCACUGAUGACCCACCCAUCUCCGCCUGCUGGCGUGCUCAUUGGCCCACGGCCCCGUCACUCCCCAAGCUCAGCCAACCAGACCAGCACAUUGGGAACAACCCGUCUGCUUCUGUCUAAUCAGCCAACCAGACGACAGCGAUCAUGGGAAUAAACCUCAGGACCCCGCCCACCACCAAGUCCUAACCCAAACUUUACCAAACGUGCCUUCCUUCCCAAAGUCCAAAGCCAGUCGGAGAAUGUUUUAUAACCAGUCGAAAUCCCAAUCUGUAACAGCUGCUGCCAUGCAUAACAAGUAGACUUUACUGGGGAUGGGCUCCUAAACCCAGCUGCCCUGCCCACAGCCCAUGUGAUGCAAUAAUAAUGACUCUAUUAAUAUCAUGGUAACUAUACUGAUGAUAAUGGUACUUAUCCAGCACAGAAACCCUCCACAACACUAAAACAAAGAAGGAUAUGUUGGUAUUCACAAGCUUCUUUUCUCCUCUUAUUUAAAGGAAAAUCGACCAAAUGAUCAUUUGUAUAUUAAAUUCUCACCCCAUGAGACAUAUAUCUGCGAAGAAAACGUAGUUUUUAUCGCACGACUACAUGGUGAACAAAGAAUCGAAAAACUGUUGAUAAUUUAAAAAUUGUCUUAAUGUUUUGAUUCUCUUUUCACCGUGGUGGAAUGCAGUAAGACAAAGUUUUCCUCAAGAAUUCAAGGGGAAAACUGGGUGAGUAUUUGACAUGCUACUGGCAAUUUUGAGUGGAAGAACUAAUUAUUGUUUUCCGCACACUUUUUAAAGGGAAUAAUGAGAUACAUUAAUUGUUUACAGAUUAUAAUUGGCUUUUACAUGUUGAUAUGUAUACACACUUUCUCUUGAGUGGUAAAACAAACAAUGUAUUUAAAUUGUUACUUUUCUUCUCGUAUUAUUUUGUGCGUUAAUUCCUUAAAAGAUGAGUGAUUUUAAAUGUUUCCUUUGGAAAAUAAGACAAAAAAGCCAUCGCUAAAGUAAGGUAAACAUUUUCAAGGUAAAAAAAACCUGUGAUCAGAGAAGGAAUCCAAAAUGCCAAAGUAUCUUUUUGAGCUUUUUCUAAAUAAGUAAAUAAUCUCAAUACUGACUCAACAUAUGCAGUAUAAAUGCAAUGUCUGUACUACAGUACGGACACACACACAGAGGGAAGGUUGCACUUCUUAUUUCUAAACAGAGGACUUACACAGCGAUGCCUUUUUCACACUACAGUAUUGUACGAGCUUGAACAACAGUACCUUUAUUUAUUUGAGAGCCAUGGAACAAUGUUACACCUAAAUCUUUCCCUGCAUUGUGGGUUUGUGCCCAGCAUGAAAUUCUGUCCUUUGGGUUUAUGCUGAUUAUUUGUCAUUAUCUACAUUUUAUGGCCCACAUCCUCUUCUCAAUUCAGAUGUUAGUGCCAAAAAAAGUGGCUCAUUUGAAUCGGAAGUGCAAUGCGGUAUUGAAGCAGCAGCUACGAUGUUUGAAAUGUUUAUGUGUGAGGUUUGGAUACCUCCGGAGAGCAGUGUUAUAUUCUAUGUUUUUGUUUGUUUGUGUUUUUGAUUGUUUUUGUCCAUAUUUCAGCAUGUGUAUCCACUUUUUCAGAAGGUGUGCUACGGUUACACACACGCAAACCAACUGAUGCCUUGACAUACAAAAAAAAGAAGAAAUCAUGGAGCCGUAACAUUUGUAACAAGUUUAUAAUGUAUUUUUAUAUUCUAUUUUGUACGUGAGCAUAACAUUAAAUGACCUUUUCAGAUACAAAACAUCAUGCCUUAUUACGGAGAGUAAUUUGAUGAAUUUAACGAUCCUUCAUGUGUCAAUAUUAGUAACCAAUGUCCUAAUAUACUGGAAUCUCUGAUGUCCUCUGUACGAUGAGCCUUUGAGAUCCUUACUUGCCUUCUGUGCCUUUUGUAGACUAUAAGUGUGACAUUAACAGUGUAGAACAACAUUAAUCUACUCUUCAGUGACAAGUGUAGGUU